AAAAUUUUAACGGCGUUGAUUGGCCGAGUUAUAUCCAGAUUCCAGACGAGGAUAAGGUCACAUUCCUAAUUCAUUCACUCAAAAAUAACAGAAGCAGCCACACCAUUGCAUCAUCCUCAUCACCUUUCUGCAGCCUGAGAAGUUCGAUCAAUGGCCCAUGCCAUGACUUCAACGAGUGGACUUCUUGGCGCUUCUCUAGCAGCGCCGGACGGCGGCAGCCUUCAGAGAAGUGGCGGGUCAGUCCGAUGGAGCUCCGGCAGAGUGGGUUUGGCAAUCAGACCAAGAUUGUCGGUCGUUAGAGCCCAGCAAGGGUCCGGCGAGGAAGAAACCAGCCGGCGGGCACUUCUGGGGGUUGCUGCUGCCGGAUUGGCUUCUGGGUCUUUUCUUCAAGCUGGUCUUGCUGAGACCAGGCCAAUCAAGAUUGGACCUCCACCCCCACCAUCUGGUGGACUCCCUGGAACAUUGAACUCAGACGAAGCACGAGACCUUAAGAAGCCUCUGAAGGAGAGGUUCUACCUUCAACCAUUGCCACCAUCAGAAGCAGCUGCAAGGGUAAAAGAGUCAGCCAAGGACAUAAUCAAUGUGAAGGGUCUGAUUGAGAAGAAGCAAUGGCCUUAUGUUCAAAUGGACCUUCGUUCUAAGGCAGAGUACCUUCGCUAUGAUCUCAACACUGUCAUCUCCUCUAAGCCCAAAGAGGAGAAGAAAAUGCUCAAGGAUUUGACCUCAAGACUCUACCAAACCAUCAGCGAUCUUGAUUAUGCUGCAAAGACCAAGGAUGGUAAUAAAGCAGAGAAAUACUACGAGGAAACGGUGUCGGCUUUGAAUGAUGUUCUUUCAAAGCUUGGGUAGCAUAUCCCAUUACUCCAUUAGUGUACUCAUUUUGCAGCGUUAUUUAAGAAAUCAUUAUUCAAUUGUAUUAAAUGAACGACUGGUUUGAAUCCAAAUAUGAAGCCUUAUUGAAAUUACUGCAGCAAAGAAGUUUUACUCUCCCUCAGUCCCUACUUUGACCAACCAUUUCACUGAUAAAGUGACAAAGAUUUAGGGAAAAGUAUUACUC